AUGCGCACUCCCUGGGCUUAUCACCAUCCCUCUUCUACAAUGAGCUCAUCUUCAGCUAGAUAUUCUCACAUCUCCUCUUCGGAAUCAAGUGAGUCAACUAUUACAUCCGAAAUCGUCUGCCCUACACUCUACACUAUCCGCCAUCGACAGACCCGAAUUCCCGUUCACUAUACACCAACCCCUAUAAAUAAAUCCUUCUACCCUCCACCCACCUCUUCAAAUGCUGCCACAUCAUCUCUACAAAGUCCAACUCCCCCUGUGACGCAAACCGUGCUAGAAUCCUUUCUUGUCCCAAUAAAUGCUCAUGUCCGCAGUACGUGGAGCCGCAGUGCGCAAGACGUCGAAGAGGAAAUCCUCGAGUCCAAUAAAGUAAAGAAGGAUGCGAUGAGUGAGUACACAGAUCCCAAAGUACAGAGUGGGGUUGGGUUUUUGAGGGAGGUGUCUGAGGGAAUUCUGCCAUUCGCUGGUUGCGACGAUGGGGGGGAUGGGGUGCUGAUAAGGAGGCUUGGGGGGAUGGGGAUGGGGAUGGGGAUGCCAGUUUCACUAGUCAACAAGCAUUGA